CACAUCCCUUUCGGUCGCCGAUCUCUGAUAAAAGGAGACGAAAACGACAAGUGCUGCAAAAACUUAGAAUUUGUCAGUCACAGGAAAUUUACGAAACGAAUACUCAAAAUGCCUAGCAAACAGAGAAUGCGAAUUGCCAACGACAAACACAGCAAGAAUGUAUUAACGCGAGGGAAUGUCCCAAAAUCAUUGAAACCCUCAGAAGAGAAAUACCCUGUUGGACCUUGGUUGAUAGCUCUCUUUAUAUUUGUGGUGUGUGGAUCAGCGGUAUUCCAGAUCAUACAGAGUAUUCGGAUGAGUUAACCCCCUUGAUGAAAACAUCAGUGUCCAUUCG